AUGUCUGCGAAUUCGCCACCAUCACCGAGCCCGUCCCAACUUCCCCCCGUCCCCGCGAGUCCAACCUAUUCCUACGCCUCGACCGCGAACCCCAUAUCUCAAUACAACCUCCCACCACCACCACCUCCGCGCCCGGCCCACGCCGUCCUGACCAAAGCCGACCUGGCCCACUCACAAGCCGCCUACGCCGAUCUACUCGCCAGCGCAAAAGCCUACCGCCUCGCCCUCGCCUCCCUCUCCACCGCCGCUUCCACCUUCGGCUCGGCCCUCGAGGCCUGCGCCCGCCUCAAAGAAGCCCGCGCCGAGCUGUCCGCCGCCGGACCACCGCCAGGCGCCCCACUCAGCAACAGCUUCACGACUGCUGCCAACCGCGGCGCCGCCUGCACCGCCGAUACCCUCCUCGCGGCCGCUGGCCUGCAGCACCUAGUCGCGAACCAUCAGCACAUCCUCUCAGAAACCGUCUACCGCGCCUUCGAGGUGCCGCUGCUACACGACCUAGACCGGUGGCGCGCCGCCGUUGAUGACGAGGAGGAAGGCUACGCCCGCGCCCUCGAAGCCCAGAGCAGGGAGAUCCGCCGCCUCGAGAAGGAAGGCGUCAAGAUGCACCGCCAGCGCCGCCGCGACGUCGGCCAGCUACGCAGCCACCUCGUCGAGCUGACGGGGAAGCUUGAUGCCUUGACUGUGCUGCAUGGCGACCAUGCGCGUACCCUGUUGGGGGAGAGCCAGGAGGCGAGCGGGCGGAUUGUGGAGGCGAGUUGUAGCUUGGUCCGGGCCGAGGUGGAUAUCUUUGAGAGUCUGGCGAGGAAAGGGUGGACGGGCGGCGGGUUGGAGGAGGUGUUGGAGAAGGGAGUGGAUUUGUUCGCGGCCGAGAUGGAUCCGCUGGGUGGGACGGGCAAGGGAGGUGGUGGUGGUGGUGACGGAGGUGCUGGGGUGGGUUCCUCGGGAGAAGGUGCCACGCUGUUCAGUAUCCUGCCACCUAAGAGCAUAUUAGCGGACACAUCGGGUGCUGACACAAUGCGAGGGGCAAAGGGUACGCGCUCCGAUAGCCUGCUGGUGGAUACGGACCGGUACCAAAGCUUGACCGGGGCCGUGACCGCUUCAGACCUAGGGAGGGGGAGGGACCGCGAUACCGACAGUGUCUUUUCCGAGUUUAACCGAUCGAGGAACGUGCGCCCAUUCUCUCCGCAACCGCAGCCGUUGAAACUGAACCCGGAGGACUUGCUCGGCGGCAUUGAGCCUGCUGCUGUUGAGGGGUCAUCUAGUUUGGGGCAAGGGCGAGGGCGUGAGCACGACGGCAUAGAGGAAGGCGAUGAGGAGUGUGCGGUUGAGGAUGACCACGAGGACCAGGACGACGAGGAGGUCCAUCCAUGGCGGAACGAGGGGUUACGACGGGACUCGACAGAUGACGAAACCAAAGACGCAGUUGGCGUAAGCCUAGGGGAUCCGCAACAGCGGGAGGGAACGUGGAGUGAUACAAAUGACAGUACAUGA